AUGACUGACACGGAGAAGAAAGGUGACGCAGUAGCUACCGUGUCCGAUGGAAACUUGGCAGCGGAGUACGAACGCUUUCUUCACCUUGAGAAUGUGUUCAGUGGGCUUUCCAAGAAUAAAUUGCUCAGGAAAUUGGACCUACGCCUACUUCCAACACUGAGUUUUCUAUAUUUGAUGUGUUCGCUCGAUAAAUCCAAUGCAGGCAAUGCCAAGCUAUUCGGCCUCCUGGAGGACCUUGGCAUGAGUGGUACCCAGUAUAACCUGGCCCUUAUGUACUUCUUUUUCACCUACGGCCUCGCUGAGCCAGUAUCAAAUAUCAUGCUUCGAAGAGUUGGCCCCAAGAUAUGGUUUCCCUUCAUUGUGUGUGCAUGGGGACUCAUUACAACUCUCACCUCGCAAGCAAGCUCUUAUGCUGGCUUCAUUGUGAUUCGUUUGAUGCUAGGAAUUACCGAGGCUGGACUCUACCCAGGAGCCUACUUCAUUCUCUCCAUGUGGUAUACACCGAAGGAGAUCGGCACGCGCAUGGCCAUUUUCUACGGUGCGAACACCACUGCAGGUGCGUUUGGCGGUGUCAUUGCCUACGGUGUCGGGUCCCUUGAUGGAAAUCUUGGCUGGAGAGCUUGGAGAUGGCUUUUUCUCAUUGAAGGAUGCAUCACCAUCGUUGCAGGGCUUUUGUGCUUAUUCUGCUUGCCCGCGUUCCCUCAUCAAUAUCAAGCAGGCAAACGUACCAAAUGGCUUACUGACGAGGAACUUGAAUACGCUUCUCUCCGUGUCAAGUAUGCCAAUGGCCCGGUGUCUUCCACUUAUACUUUCCGCUGGAGUGAUGUGAUCUCGGCUGCAAAGGAUCGGAAAACUUAUUUCAUGAUGAUGCUGUUUUGGUGGGGCGGUUCCGUGCCUACGUAUUCCCUGUCUUACACAUUGCCCACUAUGGUCGCAAACUUGGGGUAUACUGCGGUGAAAGCGCAAGCCCUGACCACGCCUCCGUACAUAUUUGCCACAGGCGUUUGCGUUGCUGUUGGAUACAUCAGCGAUCAAAAGCAGCAACGUUAUCUAUGCAUCAUGGGCGCCUAUACCCUGGGUCUGAUUGGUAUCAUUAUUUUGUGGAUCACAGUUCACUAUCCUUCUCUCCCCGGCGUGAGCUACUUUGCUAUCUUCUUGGCUGCGGCUGGAUAUGCGGCCCAAGCUCCGAUGGUCGGCGCAUGGACAAGUUCAAACAUCCCGAAUCCUUCCAAACGAGCCGCUGCUAUUGGUCUUCUGAUGCUCUUCGGCAGUGUCGGGGGUGGAAGUAUUGGAUCAAAUAUCUAUAUUUCUAGCGAGGCGCCUACUUACCCUCUCGGAUUUGGCUUCUCAGUCGGUGCAACUGUGCUCGGCGCAAUGAUCCCCGCUACUGUACACUGGUAUUUGAUGCGCAAGGAAAACAAGCGACGGGAUGGGUUGGAUGUUGGUGAAAUUGAGAGAACAUACACUACCGAGGAGCUAGGAGAGAUGGGAGAGAAUAGCCCGUUAUUCCGAUUUGUGCUGUAA